AAAGAUUAAAUCAGUAUGACUUAUGUGUGUGACAGACUGUCUCUGUGUUGUGGUGGGGAUUCCUAUCAGCAGUUCACAGAAGAUGCAUUCUUAAAUGCUGAAGAACAGUGUGCGGUUGUGCAGCACUUCCUGGAUGAGGUGAACAGACAAAGGGUCUUCAAACAGCUGGGGCAGGUCACAUGGAAUGAUGGAGUCAAGUUUCUUAUGGCCAGAAAGUUUGACCUGAAAAGGGCCAUCGAUUUGUUCAUCUCUCAUGAGGGUGUAAGAGAAAGAGAAGACCUGCUGAAUAUUGACCCCAGUGAUAAGUACUUGCAGAGAGAAAUAGCCACUGAAAAGUUUACAAUCUUGAAUGGUCGAGACAACAGUGGAGCCGCCCUCGCAUUGUUCACAGCUCGGAACCAUCAACCCCCCAAGACAACCCACCAGAUUGUCCUGAAAGGUCUCAUCUACCAGCUGGAUGCUGCUCUACACAGCCUGGAGACUCAGCGCCAUGGCCUGGUGUUUGUCUAUGACAUGACAGACUCAAAGUAUGCUAACUUUGACUAUGAGCUAAGCAUCAAGAUUCUCAACCUAUUGAAGGGUGGUUACCCAGCCAGAUUGAAGAAAGUCCUCAUUGUCACAGCGCCGCUGUGGUUCAAGGCUCCGUUCAAGAUCCUCAGACUGUUUGUCAGAGAGAAGUUACGUGACAGGGUUUACACCGUGAGCUUGUCGCAGCUGUCCCAGUAUAUACCCCGAGAUUCUAUCCCUGUACAUCUAGGGGGGAGCAUCCCCACGAGCCACAAGGCUUGGCUACAAUUGUGUUAUAAGAUCGCCACCAGUGAAACAGUAGACAUGGACUCCUACUUCAUAAGCCGGAAACGCUCGUACAGCUCCACGGGAGAUGGUGAAUCUCGGAGCUCUGUCACCCGCAGUCUCUCCAGUGAUAUGGAUCUACACUUCAGUGAUAUGGACUCAGAGACCUCCAAGGAGACAGUGAAUGAGAAACACAACCAUGAGGAUCGUGAGAAGGAACGAGAAGAUGUUCAAGAAGGGAACAAAGAUGUGUUGAUAGAAAAAGAAUCUGAUUCUAUUCUGAUGUCAGGUAAGAAACGCCGGACCUCAGAUGGUAGAAGUAACGCUGAUUCCAGGAAGAGAAUUUCAGACUCAAGCACAUUGGAUAAUUCACCCAAUGAUCAGCAAGUAUCUGAUUUGCCGAUCAAGCGGCGACCUCCAUCCUCAGGGUCCAACAUCCUGGAUGACUCUAUCCAUAUGCCGGAUCAGGGCGGUAUGAACCUGAAGCAGCUGGUGGAGCAUGUCAAGUCACUGCGGAGGAAGGGAUUAUUCGCAGAGUAUGCCAGAAUCAAAAUGGAGGCACCCACGGGAACAUUCAAUGCAUCAAAAGCUCGCAUCAAUCUGCCAAAGAAUCGUUACACAGAUGUGCUGUGUUUCGACCAUAGCCGUGUUGUCCUGCCUGUUAUGGAUACGGACCCCUCCUCUGAUUACAUCAACGCCAACUUCGUUGACGGUUACAUGCAGAAGAACUCUUACAUCAGUACACAGGGUCCUUUACCCAAAACCUUUGUGGACUUUUGGUCCAUGGUGUGGAAUUACCAGUGUCAGGUGAUCGUCAUGACAACAAGGACUAUCGAGCGUCAAAGGAUGAAAUGUGGCCAGUACUGGCCCAAUGAGGAGCAGACGGACGAACAGUUUGAGGAGUUUAUUGUCUACAACAAUGGUAUCAAUACACUCAAAGACUACACUGAAACUAAGCUUCUCUUGCAUAACACUAAGACUGGAGAGUCAAGGGAGAUAACUCAUCUACAAUUCACAAGCUGGCCUGACUAUGGUGUUCCCCCAGCAACAACUUUCUUAGACUUUCUCUUCCAUGCAAGACAAUGUCAGGAGGAAGCUACAAAAUUCAUGGGUGGCGGGUGGCAGGGACACCCUCGAGGCCCACCCAUGGUUGUUCACUGCAGUGCUGGCAUUGGCAGAACAGGAACAUUCAUAACCAUAGACAUCUGUUUGCGGAGGCUGGAGGAUAUCGGCACCGUGGAUGUCCAGGAGUCUGUGCGACGCAUCCGAAGCCAGCGCUGCUACAGCAUCCAGAUGCCUGACCAGUAUGUCUUCUGUCACCUCGCCAUCAUUGAGCACGCUGUCCGCAAUGGACUCAUAAAAGAAGUGGACUUGGCGCUACUAGAUGACAGUGACGAGAGUGAUUGAACAUCAUCUGCAUGUGGGAUUUACAUGACGAAACUUUCAAUAUUCUAUGUCUGGGCCUGUGCUUAUCUGUUCUAGCAGUGCGAUUCAAUGCAUCUCUGGUGCUGUGUGCCAGCAGACUCUGGCCUGCGUCAAGUUCUUCUCCCUCACUGGAGGAGUGUGUUGUAGCAGCUGGUCAACACUGCUCUUCCACCUUCUCUCUGUUGGACUCUCCCAACAGAAAAAGACACGUGUUCCAGUCCCUGUGAAUCAAUUUGAAAUAAGCUUCCAAUUGUUUUGUGCUUUUGCCAUUUUGGAAGGCUUUGUGUAAAUAACAAUUAGGUUUUUGAAUGGACAGCUUUGAUAUUGUUUCCUGCGGAUGGGCUUUGUAUUGAAGAGAAUAUGAAAAUACACACCAAUGACAAUCUUUAUGCAUUUGUCCUGUUUGUAGGGCAGUUGCUAACUCAAAUUAUGCUGGGAUUUACCCUGUAGACUAAACCUAUGUGCAAGACCACUUGCGCCAGGGCAUACUCAGCACAAACUUUUACAAACAGCCAGCUGAACCUUAUUUUGGAUAUGACGUGUGCACCAACAGCUUGACUGCAAGGGUAGACUCUUUAACUUGUGUCACAAUUCACUCUUGUUUCUUUGGUUGGACCUACUGUUGUUGCAGCUGGAAGUUGUCAGUCUAGUAACUCAUUCUUUUACUGUUGUAAUCAUCUACAGAGCACUAAGGAAAUUGUGGAGUGUGAUGUACAGGUCAGUGACUGUCAAAUCAUCUGGUGUGAAGUGGUUCAACUUAUCAAGUGCGGACUUGGUAUCACCUAUCAUUAAGUGGUUCAGCAUGCAUGUAGACAUUGCAUGAACUGGCAUGAAGUGGUUCACUACCUGUGGACAUAAAACAGCUGUUGUAAAGUGGUACAGUUUAGGUGUGGACACUGCAUCAGUUGUCUUUAAUUGGUUGAGCUUAUUAAGCAUGGACCAGUGCAUCAGCUCAUGAGGGGUUUGGAUGAAAUAAUAAUCAGAAGUGAUUCGUCUCAUGAAAUGUUUAUGGAAAGCUGAUUACUUGGAGAGUGAGCUGAUGGACGGCUGUUGAAACUGACCAAUAAUGUUGGAUCAUUGUUUAGUUUGACUGAUAAUCUGUCUGAGGACAUCAACUUCUUUUGCUGUUUUCAAAGUUCAUUUUGAUGGGCAACCUCUUUACUAUGUUUGUAUCCUAAAAAUAUACUCUCCUUUUUAUAUUUUUUUUAUAGUACUCUCAUUUUAUUUAUUUUAUAUAUGUGUACCUGUAUCUGCUAGUUUAGUUUGUCAUUUGGUUUAAAGGACGUGUGUACUUAUGUGUUCUUAGGCUAUAGUCUGAUCAGUGUGUUUCACUGACAAUUUACAUUUUCAAACCUCACCCAACAUGUAUUAGUAAUAAGGUCCUUAACUUAUUGUAUGUAAGUAUACAGCAGUUUCAGUGUGUUGGUGUAUGUGAGUUGUCGGCCAAAAUGUUCGAUUACUUCAGUAACACCUCACUCUUCAUCAAGUAUGAAUUUCAUAUUUUUUACAUGGAUCCAUGAAAAUAAAUAGCAUGUUUGUGUGAGUUAGCGUGGUGACACAAUUUCAUGUUCCCAGGUCACAGUGUAUUUUGCCUUCACUAUGUGUCAGCUUGUAUCUUUAAAACCUGUGAACCCAAAGUUACAUUGUCUGCACAUCAUGUUUUGUUGAUGUGAUAUUGUGGCUGUAAUGCUUAUUGUCCUGUACCACCAGACACUGCUAGUGGAACAACUGACUAUGUAUGAGAAUGUCUUGACACAUCUACUGCUGUCACAUGCUGUUUCCCUAUUGACAUGUUAUGUUUACUCAUAACUCAUUUAUUCAUAUAUUUUAUAUUCAAUGUAAAGAGCUGAUAUUUCUGAAUUCACUGUUUCCAUUUUUGUGCUGUAAAGAUAAUACUGUCUGUUUUAUUAAUCACAUUCUGUAAACACUGCAGUGAGAGGCUGAUAUAACUCGGUCACCUUAUAUUUUUAUGAUGUAAGAAAAUGCUAUCUAGUUUAUUCAUCACAUAGUCACAACAUAUCUUACUGUACCGUGUAGACCAAUAACACAAUGACACCAGCAGGAUGUAAUUCCACACACAAAUGACAGUAAAUCAAAGGGAAGGGAGAAAUUGAAUAUUUGUUACUUUAAUAGUUAAAUGCGUCUUGUUUCCAUUAUUAUUGAACAUGGGUUGGGCAUUCAGAAGAGACUAUUGGGUUACCUUGAUAAAAAAAGAAAGCCAAACCUUUUCCCACAAGGUUAACAAAACUAUUUUAAAAUUGGUAGCCAUUAGGAUGGAAAAUACAGGACAAAUAUAACGGACUGGUCAUAUAUUUUUGUUGGGUUGGGUGGGGAUUGAGGACUGUAUCCUACUGGCAAACAAGGAUAAGUUGGACUAGCGCAGAGAACGCGUUUACGAGAAGUAGGUGGUGCACGGCAAUGAGCAAACCCAUUUGGUUUGUGAAAGGUAGAGCAGAUGUAGGCUAGUUCACGUGCAUUGCAUGACGAUAAAAUUGAUUCUGUACGUAGCUGCACACGCCUUGCUGAUAAGACUCUCACAUCGGUGUAGCAAGUUGCACUACACUUGAUCACGGACAACCUGGGGCCCCUUUCGCUAACAAUGGCAAGCACCAGUGGGCGGCACUCAUACAUGCUAAUACGGUUCAAUUGUCAGGUCGGUGCACAACUUAUCCUUGUUUGCCAGUCAUUUGCUGACCCAACCUCUGUGUUAAGUAACAUGUUUUUAACUCCCAAAAUACAUGCAACAUUUACCCCCCAGGAUUACCCCCCCACUCCAGUGUUCAAAUUAAAGUUACACCCGACCCCAACCACCCUUUUUUGCUGUUUCACUUUUUUGUGCUCACCCCCAUCCUACAUCUUCCCUGCCUCACCUUCCUCAUAAUAUAUUUCUACUUCCCUCAAAAUACAGUAACUGGAAAUAACAGACUGAUGUCCCAAGUAUUUGGGCUGCACAUGUUAACAAUGCACAAGCUUCAACCCUCCCCUGUUGGCCAAACAAUCAAGUCAUUUCAUUCACAGAGGUUUUUUAAAACAAUUAGUGAAGAACUUGCCAGUUACAUUGUGUUGUCGUGACAACUGAAUAAAUUUCAUUGAGAAAAUAUUUCAUGGUUUUUUUAGCGGAAUGGGUCUGAUAGACGGACACAUACUCUUUUUAGUCACGUUGAUUUUCCCCUACAGAAUCAUGCAUAAUGAAAGAGAUCUUACACACAGGCUUUUGGGGACAUUGAAAAAUUAUGUUUACAUUUUGAUAUUAGCAAAUGGUGUUUUAUUGUGUGGCAUAAAUCUGCUAUAUUGCUAUAUUAUGUAAAGCUGCCAUAUAAAUAGUUUACUUUAUGUUAACAGCAUUACCUCCCACUUAUCAAAGACAAUAACUUAUCUGUCCUUGGUGACCAUUGACAGCAACUUGAUUGUCCUCAGUUUCUAUUAAUAGUAGCUUGUCUGUCCUUGGUGACCAUUGACAGUAGCUUGAUUGUCCUCAUUUAUCAGUGGCAGUAGGUUGUCAGUCCUUGGUGAUCAUUGACAUUAGCUUGCUUGUCCUUGGUGACCAUUGAUAGUAGCUUGUCUGUUCUUCGUGACCAUUGAUAGAAGCUUGAUUCUCCUUGGUGACCAUUGAGAGUAGCUUGCUUGUCCUUGGUGACCAUUGACAGUAGCUUGAUUGUCCUUGGUGACCAUUGACAGAAGCUUGUCUGUUCUUGGUGUCCAUUGACAGUAGUUUGUCUGUACUUGGUGAACAUUGAUAGUAGCUUGAUUCUCCUUGGUGACCAUUGACAGUUGGUUGUCCUUCCUUGGUGACCAUUGACAGUUGGUUGUCCUUCCUUGGUGAACAUACACAGUAGUUGUAUUGUCCACAGUUAGUAUUGACAGUAGCCUGAUUGUCCUGGGUAACCAUUAACAGUAACUUGACUGCCCUUGGUGACCAUUGACAAUAGCUUGUCUGUCUGUGUUUGUUGAAAUAUGUAUGUGCAUGUCAGCAUGUGAAGUAAG